GUGGAGUCGCAAAAGCUGAACAUCCUCCCCACAAGGUUAUUUAGAAGACGUCUUGCACUGUUCGAAUGCAGAGGAAGGCGAAUGACUCGAUUCUAUGGUUUUGGUAUACUGAGCCUGGGGCUACUGGUGUCAGCCUGGUGGUAGUGCAGCUCAUCUGAUGCCUGGGGCUGCAGGAUCCUAGUUGGUUCCUGUGACAGACCUUGGGAAGCUCAAUCUCAGGAAAAAGAAGAGAGAGCCAACUACUCUACAAAGGAAAAGGGAUUUAGUUUGUAGGAUUUUCCUUGUUAUGAGAGGAGCAGAAACCUAACUGUUGACAAGGGUAUGUCAUGGCUAAUUCGAAAAACCCUGAUGAAAUUGAAAUUACGGUGUUCAGUUCAACGCUAAAUAUGCCAGAUGUUGGAGAUAACAAGAUGUGUUUUCUUAAUUGAAGAAAAUCAUAUCACAUGUGAACUUUCUGACCAUACUGUGGAGCGGUGCUAAUAAGGAGGAAGCUGCACUGUUGCAGAGGUCCAUUAACUCUUUCAGGACGGUGUGGAAUCAGUGGGGAAAUCUCUAAUUGCUACUGACACAGAGCUUUUAGGGGCCUGGCCUUUGCAGUUCCAGAUCUACUACAGCAAACAUCGUUCAAGAUGUCCCACCAAGAGGGCAGCACAGAUGGCUUACCAGACUUAGGGACUGAAAGCCUGUUCAGCAGCCCAGAGGAGCAGUCUGGAGUAGCAGCGGUGACGGCGGCCUCCUCAGACAUUGAAAUGGCGGCCACAGAGCUGAGUGUGACAGUGACCGGAGAUGGCAGUGAUAGCAGGGAUGGUGGAUUCCCCAACGAUGCCAGCACAGAAAAUCGAAGCUCAGACCAAGAAAGCGCAAGUGAAGACAUCGAACUUGAGAGCUUGGAGGACUUUGAGCAUUUCCUCAUGAGUGGUGAAAGUUUAUUCCAUUACCCUUUAGUGGGAGAGGAGGAGACAGAAAGGGAGGAGGAAGACGAAGAGAUACAAGAGGAGGGAGGGGAGGAGGAGGAGGAAGGGGAGGAGGAGGAAGAGGAAGAGGAGGAGGAGGAGGAGGAAGAAGAACAGCCUCGGGCGGGUCCACAAGGCAGUGGCGGCAACCAUGAGCAGUAUUCGUUCGAGGAGGAUCAGGCGCUGGAGGAGUGGGUUUCCUCAGAGACAUCUGCCCUGCCCCGACCUCGCUGGCAGGUCGUUACUGCUCUUCACCAGCGGCAGCUGGGUUCACGUCCCCGCUUUGUAUAUGAGGCCUGUGGGGCAAGAGCCUUUGUGCAGCGUUUCCGCCUGCAAUAUCGUCUUGCAGACCAUGUCGGCUGUGUCAAUACUGUACACUUUAACCAGCGUGGCACCCGGCUGGCCAGUAGCGGUGAUGACCUAAAGGUGAUAGUGUGGGACUGGGUGCGGCAGAGGCCAGUACUGAACUUUGAAAGUGGUCACACAAAUAAUGUCUUCCAGGCCAAGUUCCUUCCUAACUGUGGUGAUUCCACUCUGGCCAUGUGUGCCCGUGAUGGGCAGGUACGGGUAGCAGAAUUAAUUAAUGCAUCAUAUUUCAACAAUACUAAGUGUGUGGCCCAGCACAGGGGACCUGCCCACAAGUUGGCUCUGGAGCCUGACUCUCCUUAUAAGUUCCUCACUUCAGGUGAAGAUGCUGUUGUCUUCACCAUUGACCUCAGACAAGACCGGCCAGCUUCAAAAGUUGUGGUAACAAGAGAAAAUGAUAAGAAAGUGGGACUGUAUACAAUUACUGUGAAUCCCGCCAAUACCUACCAAUUUGCAGUGGGCGGACAAGAUCAGUUUGUAAGGAUUUAUGACCAGAGGAGAAUUGAUAAGAAAGAAAACAAUGGCGUGCUCAAGAAAUUCACUCCUCAUCAUCUGGUUAAUUGUGAUUUCCCAACAAACAUCACCUGCGUUGUGUACAGCCACGAUGGCACAGAGCUGCUAGCCAGCUACAAUGAUGACGAUAUUUACCUCUUCAACUCCUCUCACAGUGAUGGUGCUCAGUACAGUAAGAGAUUUAAGGGACACAGAAAUAAUACCACAGUCAAAGGUGUUAAUUUCUAUGGCCCCAGGAGUGAGUUUGUAGUGAGCGGUAGUGAUUGCGGGCACAUCUUCUUCUGGGAGAAAUCAUCCUGCCAGAUCAUCCAGUUCCUAAAGGGGAACAGAGAAGGUACAAUAAACUGCCUUGAACCCCACCCUUACCUACCUGUGUUGGCGUGCAGUGGCCUAGAUCAUGAUGUCAAGAUCUGGACACCCACAGCUAAAGCUGCCACUGAGCUUACUGGGUUAAAGAAGGUGAUUAAGAAGAACAAGUGGGAACGAGAUGAAGAUAGCUUGCACCAUGGCAGCCUGUUUGACCAGUACAUGCUUUGGUUCCUCCUGCGUCACGUGACACAGAGAGGUCGUCACCAGGACUGGAGAAGUGGUGAAGCCGAAUUUCCAGAUGAAGAAUCGGAUGAGUCUUCCAGCACCUCAGAGACAUCCGAGGAGGAGGUCCAAGACCGAGUGCAGUGCAUGCCAUCCUGAAGGCCUCAUAUCCAGUCCAGCUAAAUGCCACCUAAGUACACUGGACUUUAAAAUUCAGUUUGACUAAUUUAGAAUUGUCAAUAGAUUAAUAGAUUUGCUUUUUGUCUUCUAUUUUCCAUAAUAUAUGCUGAAAACCGUCUCUUCCAUUCCUUCCUCUCUACUUUCCUUUCUUUCUUCCACACAUUCUUUCUCUCAUUCCUUUCCUCUUGGUUUCUUUAUGCCUCUUUUGUUACCCCUUAUUCUUACAUGAGUGCAUACACAACUUAUUUAUGCCUCUUUUCCUUUGUUCCCUUAUAGUUGACCUCUAAAUUUUCUGAAUUUUGCUGAAAGAAUUAAUACCCUUAUUAGAUGCAUCUACUCAAAUCUGACAGUCUGAAAACGGUUACCUUUUUACUUUUUUUCAUCUUUAACAAUUUUUUCUGAAGAUCGAGUUCCUCAGUUGACCUGAAAAUUUCAGAAAUGUGUUUCUUCUUUAGAAGUAAAAUAAGACAAACUACAGUUUUGUUCUGUCGAUACUGACACUUGGCCGCACACACACAGUCUCAGAAAAGGAAAAGAGAAGUAGUGUGUAGAUUAAUUCUUAACACUUGGCCAUACGCAGACACAGUCUCAGAAAAGGAAAAGAGAAGUAGUGUGUAGAUUAAUUCUUAACACUUGGCCAUACGCAGACACAGUCUCAGAAAAGGAAAAGAGAAGAGGUAGUAUGUAGAUUAAUUCCUAACCAGAUAAUUCAUCUCCUUAGAAUAAGUAACGUGGGAUUGCCUACAUUUUCUGAAUCCAUAUAUUAAUAAUUUUGAAAAAUUUGAGUACACUGUAGCUGGUAAGAACUAAAUUUAAUUUGAUCACAUGACAUUGUUUACUCUGUGCAUUAAGUUUUCUUGAAGUUUUAAGGUUGGGAACUCCCACAGGGUUACCUUCCAGGAAGUCCUCCUGGGACAAGCAUCUCCUAUAAAUGCCAGCUUACUCAUAUAAAAAUCUCUCAUAUUUGAAAACGCAUUCUAAUUAACUUUUAAGAACAAGUUGCAAUAAAGAUUGUUUAUACUUACACAUAACCAUUUGGUGUAAUUGGUAGAAAAAUCCUAUUUGACAUCCUCACAUUGCUUAAAAUUCUCUCUGCUGUUUAAAUUGCUUUAAAAAUUGUUUUAUGCCUCAUUUAAUAUAAAUUAAAUAAGGGUACUGGAUGUCCAAUUACUGCUCAAUAAAAAUAUUUGUUUUUAUUUUA